AUGAAAUUGUUUGCCUCUCUUAUUGCCUGUUUAAUCGCUUUCGUUAGCGCGGCACCUCAAUGGGGCAACAUGGGAAUGAUGGGACGAGGCAAUAUGGGAAUGGGAAUGAAUGGAUUCAACCGCGGCUGGGGAGGACAACCGAGCAGAACGGUGAUCAUUCAGAAGGAGAUCAUCCGACAACCGGGAUUCGGUGGUGGUUUCAACGGAAUGGGACGAGGAGGAUUCGGAUGGGGAAGAAAA